AUGUCGCGUGUGUAUCAAAGCGAGAGCGUUGUGUCCGAAGAAGGUGCCGAGUCGUUUCUCGCGCACCUUCCCUCCGGUACGCCUGUUUACCGUUACAACCCUCAGUGCGCUAUGACAAGCCUCUUUCCUAAGUACUCGGUCGAAGAUUCCUUUAUCGUCUUGAAACACUUUCCGCCAGAUAUACUCGCCGUGUAUGAGGAACGACUGCCAGGUCGCUGUGACUAUUCGCCAUCACUUGAGAUUCUGAUUAUAACAAUGCCUAGUCAGCCACACGAAGAAGCAGCGUCCAGUUUUGAGAUGAUGCUAGGGACGUUUGCACAAAAGAUCAACGUCAAGCGACGGAUUGCAAACUGCGGAGCGACUCGUGUGGAUACCCCUGAGCGAAAAAAGCAGGCGGACCGAUCCUGGAAGCCAGCCCUCCAAGGGAGAAAAUUCCCGACGUUGGCGUUAGAGGUUGGAUUUUCUGAAGCAACACAGAAAUUGGAGAAGGACAUCGCUUGGUGGAUCAAUGGAUCGAAGGGCGAAGUAACAAUGGGAAUCAGUAUCGACAUCAAAAGACAAUCUCAGUCUAUUGAAAUCAAAUCCUGGACCCCAGACUUCAAAACAUCAACACAUGACAUCUACAUCACAGCAAGGGAUUGCCAGGUUAUUGAUAGACAUAUCAACAACCCACCACCGCCUCGAAUGAAUCAAAGGAUUCUCAUCAAGAAAGGGAGAGAUGGCGCUAGCCCUACGAUUGAAGGGGGUCCCUUGACUGUACCAUUUCACAAUCUGCUAUUGGAUGAGCCAGGAGAAGGCGAGGGUGAUUUUGUAUUCACCGCGGAAAUGCUGCUGCAUGAUUUAGCAGAACCUGUCUGGAAUGCGAUCGAAGACGCCGAAAUGAUCAAGGCCAAGGAGAGGAACACACAUCGAACUGCGUGA